AUGAUAGGGGAUAAUAUUCUAAGCCAUACUGAUAUUAUCACGGAGUUGAUAGAGAACGUGAACAAGUAUCAUCGCUCCGAUGACACUAGAAGUACUACUAGCAGGGAUAUAGCUGUUUGCGUCGCCAUGCAGAUCCUGACGUAUGCUCCACUUCAGCGCAGGACACUGACAGUAAUGUACCACCCUCAAUCUCCAAAUGGUGGCUGGGCUACUCAAGAUGGGAAAUCGCCAGAUCAAGCAAUUUCAGAAGGAGCUCCACACUUGGUAAAGCUUGUACAGAAUAAUAACACGAAAAGGACAGCCGGCACAUUGGAGACGACGGACGUGUACUUUCAGAGACUUUUAGUUGAAUUUCAUUUUGCUAUUGACUCUCCCAAAACGGAAGAUACCUUACAGGAGUUAUAUGAUUUAUAUGAGGUGCUGAAUGAUAAGGCAGGAUUGGCGAACUGCAGAUUGAUGCAAGCAGAUGGCUUGUUGUCGCCUCCUUUUGCAAGUCCCGUUACUCAGAACUUGAUUCCCAUUCACACCUCAGAUGCAGCUGGAGACAAUAGCUUCUGGGAUCCUAUCGAGAACAAGAUUCUCGCACUGAAGGAAAGCGACCAAGCUAGUAGGUGCUAUGAGGAGAGUCUUCAACUUUUCCGGGAAUCAAAUUGCCACCGCGGGCAAGCUGCUGUUUUGCUUCGUCAGGGCAGCAUAUUGCAUGCCCGAGCUUGCUCGUUAUCGCCAAAAAGUCUUGACAGAGGGAAAUAUCUGGAACAAGCAACGAAGAAAUACGAUGAAGCACUCGCCCUUUUCGAUCUGGACGAGGCUAACAUACAGACUGUAAAAACCAACCAAAUCCUUCUCGAUAUUACCAAAGCCAACGUUCCUAGCAGAGAUUUGAAAAAUCGUGCAGGCGAAAUUGGGAAAUGGGGACGGGACCACAAGAACGAGCAAUUAUCGUUGCAUCUGUGUAUAUUGAUGCUGCGAUUUGCUCGCCGGGAAUGGCAUCGAUAUACGAGUUUUGAUGCAGCAAUUCUAGGCUACGAAUGCGCACAUGCGUGCGCUACGGAGCUUGGUAAUAUUGUCGCUGCAUUUGUGUCCAUGUCUGGGAGGGCAGAAGCAUAUCAUGAAACAAAUUAUAGGCCCGCAGCGAUUGUCAUGGUAGAACAGUGUAUCAACAUGUUUCACCCUGUCUUGAACUACUACGACGAUCUGAUCAAUUCGACCAACGAUAAACCAUUGGGUAAAGUUGAUCGACGACAUAUAAUUAUCAAGAAAAUGGAUUUCGUGUGGUCAUUUGCCACAUAUGCUGGUCGGGUAUAUUCACGAAUCGAUUCACUUGAUCGCUUCAAUAGCUGGGAAGAUUGGUUUCUAUCCUACGUGGAGAAGGAUGAAAACUAUAAAACUCAUAGACGGGAAUAUCUGGACUAUCAGGACAAGCCCAAUGAGCGCUCAGUGAAGGAAAUCUUGGGCGCGACUUUGGAAGAAAUCAUGGACGAAGCGAAUCUCGACAGAUCUGUUUCAAGAAAAUAUCGAAUCGCCGAAAUCAUGUACAAACGAUUGAUACGGGAAGGAAAUUGGAGAGAAGCUGAGGCUAUCAUGCAUCGGUUUAUAGAGGAUUUGACAACGUUUAAAAAGAUUUAUACGCGCGACAUGUAUCAAAUGCUUGCUUGUCAUUUGAUAGGUGAUACUGGGAAAGCCAGAGAAACAUUGGACUCGAUGACCGAUGAUGAAAUGUUUAAGAACAAGCUCGGAGAGCUCAAUUUAUCUGAAAUCCGUGGUCACGCCCGUUUUGCGUCGUUCUCAAUCAAUGCAAUCCACGCCUGUGUCAUCGCCGAGGACUGGGAACGCGGGGCCAGAAUUUUGUCUAAACUCCUGGAUCUUGAUCCGAAUUUCAUUCAUGAAUCAUCCAAUACCGAAACAGUGGUUUAUUUACCAUUUAGACUGGCUAUUGCUGGAUGCAUAUAUUUGAACAAUUCGCAACCAGAAUUGGCUUUCAAGGCCUUUCUCAAAGUACGACAUAUAUUGGAGAUGACUCGAAGCCAGACAGUCGACAUAGACGCUAAAGUCGGCGUCCUGGCACAUAACAGAACCAUGGAAGCAUACUUGAUUCUGGCAGAUAUUUGUCUCCGGUGCUUGGCCGCUGGUCUGCCGGUGGGUAUCUUGAAUAGCUAUGAGCAUGGCCACCCCUCCGGAACGGCGUGGGAAGAGCAUGCAUUGUUGUUUAUGGAGGAAGCAAGGGCAAGGUCACUUUUAGACUCACUCGUGACAUCUCCUCAGAAGGAAUCUGGAUCUAAUAAAUUAGGACAACAAAUCUCCGAGAUGGUCUACAAACGCAGGGCUCUGACCCACCUUCAGUUUCUAUCAGAACGUACCGAGGAACAAGAAAAGGAACUCGCAAAUCUAGCUGCAGAAAUUGAAAAUCUAGACAUUGGGGGCGUUUCUUCGUCAACAAGUGAUUUGAUCAAUACUGUCACCUCACCCAUUGCUCCUCAUAGCCUGUUCGCCCAUCUGAAUGAUGAUGUGAUUGUUAUCGAGGGAGCAUUCUAUCGUACUGGAUGCCUUCUUCUGGGAGUAACCAACAAGGGCAUUGAAUCAUUCCAGAAAGGGACGACGCGGUUAAUUGAGCUCCAGAGACUGGUGAUGAACUUAAUGCAAACCAUGAGAACAAUGGAUGGCACGCAUAGCGAGGAUGAGCAGGAGCGAAAAUCCCAAGUAGAAGCGCUAUCCAGCCAGAUUUCAGAGAUUCUUCUGGCACCAUUUACCGAAAUUAUUAGAAGAAAACGGCAUGUCAUCUUUUCCGUGUCGGAGCCACUGACUGCAUUCCCUUUUUCUGCAUUGAUGUUCGAUGGGAGGCCGCUGGUAAUGCAUGCGGCUGUAUCACAGAUCCCAAGUCUGACGGUUCUGUACCAUCUAUCGAAACGGCCCUCAGGCUCGUCUACUCCAACGGUGUCAGUGUUCACAAAAUCACUUUCUGAGGGUGAUGUUUCAGCCGAAUCACGACUUACACGUCAACACUCUCUGCCAAUGGCGGGAAUUGAAGCAGUAAACAUUUCAAAUAUGUUUUCUACAUGGCCUAUUGAAGCAUCAACACUUACUCGAGGCCAAUUCCGAGACCAUAUCGAAGAACACACCUCUGUGCUCCACAUUGGCACUCAUGGAGUGGUGGAUCUAGAAAAUCCACUGCUUUCAUCCAUCUCCAUCGGUGAAGACUUUCGAGUCAUCGACAUGUCUCAAAUUCAGACCAAGGCCAAUCUUCUUGUCUUCGCCGCAUGUCUGAGUGGUCUCGGCCGAGCUGUCGGGAAUGAUGUUUUGGGGUUCACACACGUUGUUCUUGGCACGGGGUGUCAGGCGUACAUUGGAACACUGUUUGAAGUCAGCGACUUUGCUUCUAUGGUACUUAUGACCCUGUUCUAUCGGAAUCUUAAAAGCAAUCCAAGCCUAUCCCUGGCCGAAGGACUACGGAACGCGCAGGUUGAGUUUUUACAGUUCGAUAAUGAAAAGGCAACCGAGUUCAUUGAUAGUCUUCUCGAUUUGUGGAAUCUGCCGACAGAGAAAACUGAGACUGAUGAUGAGAUAAAAAGCCCCACUGACAUAGUCCCAGAAGGGAAGUAUUUGUUGACUCUGCAGAAAAUGUUGUUGCCGCAGCUGGAUUGGACAAGCCCAUUCUUUUGGGCUCCUUAUGUGUUGAUAGGCUAUGGAGACUUUAGCUUCUUUCGUGGGCCUGAGAUAGCGUCCCUGAACCUUGUAGAUCAUUUGAUUGGACAAGCAGUGGAUGAGGUCGCCUGA